UCACCUAGAAUUAGGGAGAUUGAUCAUUAAAAACGCCUGUCGCGAGUCAUCAUGUAAUUUCACCAAGAACCUCGCGAAAAAAUGAUAAUCCGUCUGUUGCGAAUCGAUCUCCGCGGACUGUACCAAGGAUGGACUUGGUACAGUCCGCGGGAUUGCAAUUGACAGCGCGCUGGCCGAUCCUCGUGACAUUUCCAGCUCGCGGAAUAAUUGAAAGGCAGAGGUCCUCGCGUGAUCCGGGUGGACGACACGUCGACGUCGCGUUCCUCGCGUACGCCUGGACGUCGCGACGCCCUUAGCGUCGCGGUUGCGACCGGGAGACGCGUCGAGCGGGGACAAAAGAAUCUCGACUGACUGUACUCAUAGGCAGCGCGGACGGCGGUGGCAGUUGUAUUGACCGCGGCUGGUGUUUCUUGUUGUGGCGCGGGGCGGGGGGCGCAUCUCGAGGUCUCGAGGUCUGGACGAGGAGGAGAACCGGCGACGUGGCUGCGGUGCAUCGUGAGCUUUAAGAACUUGUAGCGCGACCGGGACACGGACGACGCUGGUCGACAAUGUCGGCGAUCAGGAAGCGGCGGCGUUCGCCGUUGAAUUGAACCUGGCUGCUGCCGCGGUUCUUGACGCGACCCGAGAAUAUCCCCCUAGCGCGGGUCGUUCUCGUCCAGGAUGCUCGCGAGUGACCGGGAGCUCGGACUCGCGUCUUGAAGGGAAUUCGAAAGCGACGUUGGAUCAUCCCCUCGUCACGUGGUUCGUGUUCUUUUGCGUACGUCACACGUCGCGUGCGAUUUAAAUCUCCAAGCCUUUUAAGAUCAGAGAUGGGCAAGACGAGAGGCGUGCAUGAGACCACCCCCGAGUUGAGGAAUCGGAUGGUGGGAAUGUACGAGGCCGGUCUGGGUCUCCGAGAGAUUGCCGCCGCGAUCAAUUGCUCGCAACGUACGGUAAAGAGAUGGUUGAAUAGAUUUGACAAGGAAGGUACAGUGGAGACACGGGAACGUUGCGGUCGUAAGAGAGCCACUACUUCGGAGCAGGAUGAAGCGAUUGUUCGUCUAGCAACUCAAACACCUAUAACAGCAGCAAAAGCUGUGCUUCCAGCGCUAGGCCUCACCUGUUCUGUGGAUACUGUGAGAGAAAGGCUGCAUAAAGCUGGAAUUCAUAAUUGGAGUCCUUCGCGCAAAUAUAUGCAAAGGAUUCCAUUGAGUGAUGCAGACGGUGCAGCGAUUCAGCAGGCGGUAUGGCGACCAACCGGUACCCAAUUGGGCAAGAAGAAAACUUCUAAGGACUUGAGCAAGUCCGAGAAAAAUAAUACCACUAAAAAGAAGAAUCCAUCGAAAAAGAUUAAAUUUUUAGAAGCAUAUGUUGACAAUGGUGCAAUAUCUGAGACUCUAAAACAAGACCAAAAUAACGAACAGCAGCAACAGCAACAGCAGGAAUUCGUAUUUCCUCAGCAAAAUCUUCCUCCACCACCUCCCGCACCUCAAGCCACUGAAAUGCAAACGUCUGCGCAGCCUCUACCAACAAGUCAGACAGAAUUUGGCAAUGCCUUGGGUCUGGCACAACAAUCGCAAUCCAUCUAUCAACAUCCGGGGUUGAAUAUGGUACAAAAUUGGCCAUUAGAUCUAGUACAAGGCAGUCACCAUUAUCCACAGGGACAACCGAUAUCCCAUGAGCACUCUCUGCCGCAACAGCAGCAAUUGCAAGAGCUGCAUACACAGCAGGAACAACAGCAUCAUGCGCAACAAGCUCAGCAUGUACAAGAGCAGUCCCGAUUGCAAGAUCAAUCGCAUCAGCAGACUAUUCAGAAUACUCAUCAUCAUAAUCUCGAUCAGCAACAACUGCCAGUAGAACAUCAGAUUCAACAACAACGCUUGCACUCUGGCAUAUCUAGCCCGGAGCAAACAAACACGAACAUAGGAUCAGAUAGUUCUUGUAGUUCUAACGAGAAUAGCCAAUCAUCCGGUGAGCCCUCGCAGAACAAGGAAUCAUCAAGAGAAAAUGGAAAAUCAGAACGACAAAAGAAGAAGAAAAAAGGUGGCAAAGCAAAAGGGACAUUGGAGACUAGCGUGGAAAUUAGGAAUCGCAUGAUUGGAAUGUCUGAAGCCGGACUAUCAACUCUGUCCAUUGCUCUAGCGAUUGAUAGAUCGGAACGUACUGUUAAAAGAUGGUUAGAACGUUGGCAUAAGGAAGGCAAUGUGCAGACGAAGGAACGAAAAGGCCGACGUCGAAUUACUACAAAGGAACAAGAUGAUGCCAUCGUCGCGAUGGCGACUCAGCAUCCUCUCACCGCCGCUAAAUACGUAGCACCUGCGCUAGGUCUAAAAUGCAGCGUGGAUACAAUUAGAGAGAGACUUCACAAAGCUGGGAUACACAGCUGGAAAUUAGGCAAAAAGCAAGGAGAAGGAAAUGCAGUUCACACUGUUCACUUGUGGCAACCGAGUGGUAAUCGCCCUAACAAACCGAAAAUGCCCGGUGAAAAGAAAAAGAAGAGUACGGGUAAUAAAAAACGCGAUCAGAUAACGAACAAUAGUCAGAAACGCAUCGCGCGGAAAAAGAAAAACGAUGAAUCGUCGACAUUAAAACCGGCUCCACCCCCAGCGAACAUGAUACCGGAACAAACCGUAUUGCCAUUCCAUAAUCCUGGAAACAUGAAUUACACUUCAGGCCCUAACAUAAUGACAACAGUGCAUAAUAUUACCGCACUGCCGCAACUACCUCCGCCACCACCACCACCACCGGCGCCGCAACCAAUGCAACAGCAGCCGAUGGGUUCGAUAAUGCCGCAAAGACCGGACUGUAGACUAGCACCGACCAUAGUUCCGCCGCCCGUGUCAAGUAAUUCCGGUGUCGCCUAUCCAUCGUGCAUGGUCGGCGGUAAUAGUCAUAUGGAGCAAACAGAUCCUUUAAAUUAUGAGCCAUAUAUUUGGAGUUUUUAAAUAUCAGUAAUGACAAUCUAAAUCACGUGCAGAAGAUUUGAACGAAAAGGAAAUGUGCAUUUGAGCAAAAUUUCGCUUUUAUCGAUCUAGAAUUCUGCAACAUUUUGUUUUUAUAAAAAAAGAAACUGAAAAUAUUUAAGACUCAGUGAUACACAAAUCCUGUCAAUUUUAUAUUAGAAAUUUUUUUGCACGGUUUAACUUGUGCAUAAAUGCAAUAUUAGAAGAUACAAUCUGUAUAUGUGGAUGAGGAAAGUUUGAUGAGUUUAUUGUUAUAUCUGUGAGAGAAAAGAGAGAGAGAGAGAGAUUAUAUUAACUUAAGAAUUUUUAUGGUAACAUGCAGUGCAUUUAAAUCAAUUUAAGUAAAUCAGCAUAAAGAUGAUAGGACAUGUACAUAUAGAAUACAUAUAGAAUCGUGUAGAAUAGCUGAAACGUACAUCACGACGUUUAUUUUGCUAUGAUAUAUCUCGUCUCUUUAAAUAUGGAGUCAUAAACAAAAUCGUAUUAUAUAUAUUAAAA